CUCUGUGACACCGACAUAAGCUGCCCGCGCUCAUUUCACUCCUCAAGAUGCUUGCAAGCACCCUCCGCCGCUCCAGCGCUCGUGGGCUUCAGCGCAACAGCCUCCCCGGCCGCCGUGUGCUCUGCUCGGCACCAAAGGAGCGCACCUCGAGUGCUGCCAUCCCGCUCGGCGUCGGGGUUGCCACCGGUGGCGUAGCUGGUAUGGUGUCAGCACUCACAGGCGUCGGUGGAGGCAUCAUCCUCAUCCCAGCGAUGGCCAAGUUCACGUCCUUGUCGCAGCAAGCCAUCAAUGGCACCUCACUGGGCGCUGUAGCCAUCGCUUCCUCCGUUGGCGCUUGGAAUUAUCUCCAAUCGGGGUUAUGCAACGUGCCACUAGCGCUCACGACAACUAUCCCUGCUAUCCUCGCCACCAAAUACGGCGUUCGCACUGCACACCGUCUCACCAGCAAGAAACUCUCGCUCGUAGUGGGCUCAGCCAUGCUCCUCUGCUCUCCUCUCAUCUUCCUCAAGAACAGUCCAUACAUGCCCAAGUGGAGCGAAGGCCAAGAUCCUCUAGAUCUUCAGUUCUUCGUCCCCCAGCAAAAAGACCUCGAGAAGGCUCGCAAUUCCGUUAAAGAAGGCGAAGAACAACCGUCCAGUGCAGCCAUUUCCGCUGCUGUAUCAGCGGAAUACAUGGAACGUGUCAAGGCCGACUGGAUGGGUUUUGCCAGGGUCAACGUCAAGUACGUGUUCGCUGGAGCUGCUGCUGGCUUCAUCUCUGGACUCUGUGGACUGGGAGGAGGCAUCCUUAUCACCUCCUACUUGACCGCUGCAAGCGACAUGCCUCAGCCCACCAUCAUCGGUACGUCGCUACUGUCCGUAGUGCCCACAGCCGCGUCCUCGACCGUGUUCAACCUGCGAGCCAAGUCGAUCCAUCUACCAACCGCUGUACGUGUCGGCGGGUCUGUGGCUGUUGGAGUGUUCGUCACGUCCAAGUACAUUACACACGACGUACCUGAGGACGUUCUACGUGGUGUGUUGGGCACGACGCUCGGUGCUGCAGCUUUGGUCACGAUGCGUCGUGCCAUUUAG